AUACACCGGGCACGCUCUGUUCUGUCUCGCAGGAUGGAUGCAGUGGUCGACGCCGAGCUGCGCCUGUCGGGCCCCAUCCCUGAGGACCGCUUCGACGACGUGAUCGCGCACCUGCGCUGGAGCUUCUUCGCGGACGAGCCGCUCAACCGAUCCGUGGCGCUGUGCGAGCGCGGGCAGCCGCACCGCGAGCUGGAGGAGCACGCCCGCGCCACGCUGCGCGACAGCCUGUCCGAGAUGGUGCUGGACACGACCACCAACCAGGUCGUGGGCGUGGCGCUCAACGGCGUGCUAUUGCCGGGUGACCUGGACGAGGCGCAGUCCAAGCUAUCCGACAUGGACGACGCCAAGUUUCGGCGCAUCUUCGGCUUGCUUUACAGCGUCAACAAGCGACUGGACUUGUUCGACGCCUACCACGUGGACCGCAUCUUCGAGUGCCGCAUCCUAUCCGUGGACAACCGCUACCGAGGCCGCGGCCUGGCGCGCCAACUCUUGGAGCGCUCCAUUGAGACCGCAAAGGCGGCCGGCUUCCAGCUCGUGAAGGAGGACGCGACCGGGCUUUUCUCGCAGCGAGCGGCCGACAGCAUGGGCUUCCAGACAGUGCACGAGCUCCCCUACGAGGAGUACAAGGACGAAGCCGGCAGGAUCGUUUUUCCAAUCGAAGCGCCGCAUAAGAGCUUAAAGAUUAUGGUUAAAGAGCUGCGCUAAAUAAUACGUAGGGAGAAUGGCUAACAAGAGGUGUGACCCACCGGAGCCGGGAAUGAGGCCGAGUGAGGAGUGGUGAGGAGGCUCCAGCCUCUGGCGCCAGCCAGCGGCUUAGUGGCGAGCGCUUGGCGCCCGGAGUCGAAUUUUGAAGAGAUACCUCGGUUUCAUCACAUAGGUUGCCUAAGCGUUUUUUGGUGCGUCAGAUCAAUGUUGCCACUGAUGUCUAACACCUCGGCCUUGCGCGGUCCCCAUGACGCGACCGUACCCUCAGCGGUGUGUACAGGAUUGGGACCACUCCAAAUGAGCAAUCUGUAACUCAGGAGUCGUCUAGGAAUGACCCCCAGAAUGAUGUAGUUACUGCAUAUGUAAAGUAGUUGACUCGUCCAGCACAGUAUGUAUUGGAGCUACCUUUUACUAACCAUUUUCACAAUCAUAGAAAGAAGAGUUAAUUUAAAACGGCGCCAAAUCAGUUGAAGUGAGUAAGUGAACAAAUAAUGAAAUCAGUUAAAACAUAUAUUUCAUUUUGUUGUCCGGACAAUAGAAAAAAAAAGAAGUACAUGUGGAGUCACUUUUAUUGCAUUGAAUGAAUAUACCUCUCGGUGUGACUUUUUUGAUUCCCUUAAAAGAGAGUAUUAUGAUUUCCUUACACACAUUUAUGGGAGGAAUGGGUGGGAUAAGCUGUAUGCAAAUUAGAUUUGUUUCAAAAACACAAAAGAUCAUCGCCUAUUAACACAGCAGAUCUCACUUACAAGGGCAUGGAGAGUUUGGGGUACUAUAAUGAUAAACUAAAAUAUCAACAAACAUUAUUAUCUAGAAUACAGGCCCUCACAGGUUUAUCAAACUUAAACCCUUAGAACUGAUUAAUUCCAUUCCAAAACCAAAGA